AUGGUUUGCGGUGAUCUUGACCAUCCGGACUCCCUGACCGCAGCCUUCUUCGGCGCUCACGCCAUCUACGCCAUCACGGACUUUUGGCAGCCGUUUUAUAAUCCAAGCAACAAAGAAAAGCUUAGGGAAGGCCAAACCACGAAUGAACUCUGCUUCAACCUGGAGGUGCAGCAGGGAAAGAACAUUUCCAAUGCAGCCGCGAAUGGAAGGACGCCCGAAAGGUAUGUAUGCUCGUCGCUGUCGGAUGUCAAGAAGUGGAGUAGGGGAAAGUAUACCUGGGUCUAUCAUUUUGAUGGAAAAGCGAAAGUGGUCAAGUAUAUCAAGGACGAAGUGCCGGAUUUGGCGAAGAAAAUGUCCGUGCUGCAGAUUGGGUUGUAUGCCACGCAUUGGCAGGCUGCCCCUCUUCUUGCGCCACCAAAGCAACCGGACGGGACCUAUGUCCUGUCUCUGACGGCAGAUCCAGACAAGCCCAUGCCAAUGAUCGACACACGCAGGGAUACGGGUCAUUUCGUCCGAGCUUUGGACCAAGUUCCCCCUGGAAAGAACGUCCUGGCGUACGGCAGCAUGAUCAGCUGGAAGGAUUACAUGACCCUUUGGGCCAAGAUUUUAAGGCUCCCUGGCGGAUGCUACAAGCAGGUCACCAUCGAUACAAUUGACUGGAUUGCCCCUGGUGGUCUUGGUCGCGAGGUUGCAGAGGGCUGGGCGUUUCGGGGAGAAUUUGGAUAUGACGGAGGUGAUCCGAGUAUCGUGCAUGGGAAGGAUCUGACUGUUGAUAUUCCGACGACUAGCAUUGAAGACUACAUCAAGAAGGAGGACUGGUCUUCUGUCAUUGGCUGA